AGGAAGUCGGAAGUUGCCGCUUGCGCUGCACCUUGGGCUGGAUUGUGUGGAGAGCUGGGUCAGCUGGGUAGCCCCACCAUGAAUGCAGUGACCUAUGAUGAUGUGCAUGUUGACUUCACUUGGGAAGAGUGGGCUUUGCUGGAUCCUUCCCAGAAGCGUCUCUACAAAGAUGUGAUGUUGGAGACCUACAGAAACCUCACUGCUAUAGGUUACAAAUGGAAAGAUCAUCAUAUUGGUGAACACAGUGAAAGUUCUAGAAGACAUGGAAGGCAUGAAAGACGUCAUACUGGAGAGAAUCCUUCUGAAUAUGCUCAAAGUGUUAAUUCCUAUGCAUAUUAUAAUCAUCUUGAAAGACAUGAAAGAAUCCAUACUGAAGAGAAACCCUAUGGAUGUAAUCAAUGUGGUAAAGCCUUUUCACAACACUGGUAUCUCCAAAUACAUAAAAGAGCACAUACUGGAGAGAAACCCUAUGAAUGUAGUCAAUGUGGGAAAGCCUUUGCAUGUAAUAGUAGUCUCCAAAAACAUAAAAGAACACAUAGUGGAGAGAAACCCUAUGAAUGCAAUCAAUGUGGUAAAGCCUUUGUAUGUCACAAUUAUCUCCAAAUCCAUAAAAGAAAACAUACUGGAGAGAAACCCUAUGAAUGUAAUCAAUGUGGUAAAGCCUUUACACGUCACUCUAUUCUCCAAAUACAUAAAAGAACACAUACUGGAGAGAAACCCUAUGAAUGUAAUCAAUGUGGUAAAGCCUUUACACAUCACUCUAGUCUCCGAAUACAUAAAAGGACACAUACUGGAGAGAAACCAUAUGAAUGUAAUCAAUGUGGUAAAUUCUUUAUACUUCACUCUGUUCUCCAAAUCCAUAAAAGAACACAUACUGGAGAGAAACCCUAUGAAUGUAACCAAUGUGGGAAAGCCUUUGCAUAUCACAAUUAUCUACAAAUCCAUAAAAGAACACAUACUGGCGAGAAACCCUAUGAAUGUAACCAAUGUGGGAAAGCCUUUCCAGGUCCCAGUCAUCUUCAAAUGCAUGAAAAAACACAUACUGGCGAGAAACCCUAUGGAUGUAAUCAAUGUGGGAAAGCCUUUGCAUCAAACAGUAGUCUCCAAAUCCAUAAAAGAACACAUACUGGUGAGAAACCCUAUGAAUGCAAUCAAUGUGGUAAAGCCUUUGCACGUCAUAGUUACCUCCAAAUCCAUAAAAGAACACAUACUGGUGAAAAACCCUAUGAGUGUAAUCAAUGUGGUAAAGCCUUUGCAUGUACUGUUACUCUCCGAAAACAUAAAAGAACACAUACUGGAGAGAAACCCUAUGAAUGUAAUCAGUGUGGUAAAGCCUUUGCACAGCAUAGUCAUCUUCAAAGACAUAAAAGCACACAUACUGGAGAGAAACCCUAUGAAUGUAAUCAGUGUGGUAUAGCCUUUUCACAACCCGCAUAUCUGCAAAUACAUAAAAGAACACAUACUGGCGAGAAACCCUAUGAAUGUAAUCAAUGUGGAAAAGCCUUUGCAUGUCACAGGAGUCUCCAAAUCCAUCAAAGAACACAUACUGGUGAGAAACCAUAUAAAUGUAAUCAAUGUGGUAAAGCCUUUGCAUAUCACAAUUAUCUACAAAUCCAUAAAAGAACACAUACUGGAGAGAAACCUUAUGAAUGUAAUCAGUGUGGUAAAGCCUUUGCACAGCAAGGUCAUCUUCAGAGGCAUACUAGAACACACAAUGGUGGGACCUCUUCCCCUUUCCCUGGUUUUGGGACACCCCUAUCCCAUCUGCCAGGACUGUGGGCCUGGGAAUUUCAAAUGUACACCUAAGAGAAAAGUGUACACUCCCUAAAAUUCCUUAACACCAUUUUCUGCCCAUUACUGUAGUUUUUUUCUAGCAGAUUUCUGAUCAGUUAAAGGCUGCCUGCCUGUUCGUAGUCCCAGAGGGUCCUAUAAAGCCUGGACAACAAAUGAAGCAAUCUGCUCUGUCCGGACUUGGUCAAUAUUUCAGUCUUCAGUGUUCCCAAGAAUAGCCCAGUGUCAGCAGGAAGUAUCAUGGAUGAUUUCAACAUCCCUUGUCACUCAUCUGUUGUCAACAAAAAGGCUGGGAUGUUA